GGACGAAACCGGGAACAGACAUACAAUACACAUUUGGAAGGUACUUCCCACACCCUUAUACAGUGUCGCCUAACAUCAAUAUUGUACGCAUCCAAGUAACGAUCGAGCUCACUGUCAGUCGCGUCGCCCAGGUCAUCAUGGCAGCAGAAGCACCAUGCUACACAGUCGUGUUCGAAGAUACUACAGAGAGCCCAUCCACACAGGAGCUCAGGGCAUCUCUGGAGAAAGGUUCUGAUGAAGAACGACUGGACACGUUGCGCAGGAUCAUCGUGUCUACAAUUAAUGGGAACCCUCAGCCUACGCUCUUGAUGCCGAUUAUACAAUAUAUCAUGCCCUCUAGAAACAAGCAGCUCAAAAAGCUACUUCACUUCUACUGGGAGGUCUGUCCCAAGUACGAUGAGAACGGCAAACUCAAGCAAGAAAUGAUUCUCGUUGUAAACGCCAUCCGAAACGACCUGCAACACCCCAACGAAUAUAUCCGCGGCGCUACCCUCCGUUUCCUGCAAAAAAUAUCAAAAGACGCCGAACUUUUGGAACCCCUCAUUCCUACCUGCCGCAGCUGUCUCGAGCACCGUCAUUCCUACGUACGCAAGAACGCCGUAUUCGCUGUGUACACCAUCUACCGCGAAUACGAACACCUCAUUCCAGAUGCCCCUGAACUCAUGCAGACAUUCAUCGCCGCAGAGUCUGACGCGACGUGCAAACGUAACGCGUUUGUGUUUCUCGCACAAUGUGCGAUGCCUAAGGCUGUGGAAUGGUUGAUUAGCGUAUAUGAUCAACUGACGAGCCUGGAUGAGCUGCUGCAGAUGAGUAUCAUAGAGGUUAUCAGGUUGGACUGUAAGAAUGAUACAACGCAUCGGCCGCGCUAUAUCAGAUGCAUGUUUGAAUUAUUGAACUCAUCAUCCCACGCAGUGAAAUAUGAAGCUGCCACAACGCUGACCACACUCACGCAGAACCCCGCUGCUGUGAAGGCGGCCGCUUCGUGUUUCGUUAAUCUGGUCAUCAAAGAAUCCGACAAUAACGUCAAGCUGAUCGUCCUCGAUCGCCUGGACACGCUGCGCUCAAAGCACGGGCAUAUCCUGGAUGGAUUGAUCAUGGACAUCUUACAGGUCCUGUCGAGCGCUGACAUGGAGGUCCGAAGGAAAGCCACGAGCAUCGUGCUCAGCAUGACUUCGAGUCGAAACGUCGAGGAAGUCGUACUCUUCCUCAAGAAGCAGCUGCAACAAACACAAGAGCGAGAGUUUGAAAAGGCCCCAGAGUACAGGCAACUCCUCAUCCAAUCUAUCCACGUCUUAGCGGUCAAAUUUUCAGAAGUGGCUGCAAGCGUUGUCCAUGCACUCAUGGAAUUCCUUGGAGACUCGAAUAACCCAUCUGCGUUAGACGUCGUCGCUUUUGUUCGCGAAGUGGUCGAGAAAUUCCCACACCUCCGACCGUCCAUAUGCGAGAAGCUUACCCAAACACUCACAGAGAUCAAAUCUGGUAAGACCUUCCGCGGCGUCCUCUGGAUCAUCGGCGAGUACGUCGAAGGCCUGUCGGACAUCGAGUUCACAUUCCAGGAGAUUCGCAAAGUGCUUGGCGAGAUCCCGAUUCUUGCGAGCGAGCAGCGGUUACUGGAUGACGCUGGUGGAGAGGAGGACAAAACGGAGGAUAAAAAGGUCGAGGGGAGUGGAAGGCCAAAGGUGCUUGCUGAUGGGACGUAUGCCACGGAGACGGCGUACACGAGCGCAGGUUCGGCGAGAUUGGAAGCUGUCAAGGCUGCGUCCAAGCCGCCAUUACGAGCACUCUUAUUGGGAGGCGACUUCUUCACGGGUGCGGUGCUCGCUUCGACGUUGACGAAGCUUGUGCUGCGGUUCGAGGACAUUGCCGACGAUCGUCCAAAGGCCAAUGCUAUCCGCGCUGAGUCCAUGUUGAUUAUGACGUCCAUUAUCCGAGUUGGCCAGUCCAAGUUCGUUACGGUACCAAUCGACGAGGAUUCCAACGAGCGUAUCCUGAACUGCAUACAAACCCUCAGCGAGCUCCAAGACAAACCCAUCGUCCACGACAUUUUCUUAAAGGACACGAAAGCGGCAUACUCCAAGAUGCUUGUUGCUCAAGAGAAAAAGGCAGCGGAGAAGAAAGAGUCCGAAAGCACACAGGAAAGUGUCGUGCAAGUGGACGACUUGCUUACUUUCCGGCAAUUCUCGAAAAAAUCGGCGGAUGAUCCUAUUGAUUACGUUGAGGACUUGGGCAAGGCAACGGGAGCUGCUGAAGUCCGGGAAGACUUUAUAUCCAAUCUCAGUCGUAUAUCCCAGCUCACAGGUUUCUCGGACCCCAUAUAUGCGGAAGCAUACGUCAAGAUGCACGGAUUCGACAUUUUACUUGAUGUGCUUCUGGUCAACCAGACGGCUAAUACGCUGCAGAAUCUCUGUCUUGACUUUGCAACGCUCGGAGACCUCAAGCUGGUCGAACGACCUGCUGUAUAUACUAUAGCGCCUCACGGUUUCCAGAGUAUCAAAGCUACAAUCAAGGUUUCGUCAACAGAGACGGGCGUCAUAUUUGGUAGUAUCUUAUGGGAAGGCCCUGCCCUCGCUGAAUGUUGUGUUAUCUUGAACGAUAUUCAUAUCGAUAUCAUGGAUUAUAUCAAGCCUGCGUACUGUAGUGAAACACAGUUCCGAAGCAUGUGGACAGAGUUUGAGUGGGAGAACAGGGUAAACGUGUCGACGAAUAUGUCCGACCCUCGCGACUACCUAAAGCACGUCAUGAAAUCAACCAACAUGUCUUGUCUCACACCCGAAGGAGCCAUGUCGGGUGAUUGCGAUUUCUUAUCUGCGAAUAUGUAUGCUCGCAGUCUAUUCGGCGAAGAUGCUCUAGCCAAUCUCAGUAUCGAGAAAACGGACGCUGGGAUUGUAGGCCACGUUCGUAUUCGGAGUAAAACGCAGGGUAUUGCUUUGUCGUUGGGUGAUCGGAUUACAAUGUCUCAGAAAGAUAGCAAGCCGUCGAUAUAGAACGAUAGAGCAUUGGACAUGGAGUUACGGUUGUGGAAUUGUUGUAGUGACUGAUACUGUGUAGUGGAGCUUGCACUUUUCGAGAGGGGUGAAUGUUUGUUGCAACGCUGGUACUGAUAAAUCGUUGAACUAAGUUAGGGGUUUUCUGCGUUGGUACUAGAUCAUGUGACGGGCGUCUCCACACCAUCCCCAUUCCUCAUUCAACGGUUUGAUCUUGGAAAGUUAAUUAACACCAUUGAUAUUAGUGG